AAAUUCCAUACUGGAAAAGUAACAAUAAAUCUCAAAUAAGAAACUAAUUAACAAAAAAAGGUAUCAAUCAAAGCUCAUCCAAGAAAAUUAAGUCAUGGAAAUAGAAUUGGCAAAGUGUGACUGUUGUGGAUUGAAAGAAGAGUGUACAAUAGAGUACAUAAGUGAAGUGAAGGAGAAUUUUGAAGGCAAAUGGCUAUGUGGAUUAUGCUCAGAAGCUGUUAGAGAUGAAGUUUAUAGAGGAAAAAAGAAGCACUAUUUUCUUGAAAUGGAAGAAGCUUUAAAAGCUCACAUGUCAUUUUGUAGAAAAUAUAAGUCUAAUAAUCCUGCUGUUCAUGUAGCUGAUGGUAUGAGGCAAAUGCUAAGAAGAAGGUCAGGUGAUUUGUCAACAAAUACUUCUUCUAAGAAGUGUACAAGAUCAAUAAGCACAUGAUAACAACAUCAUAUACUAUUGAAGUACUAUUACUGUAAUUUUUAUAAUCAAACGUGUCAGGUUCGAGUAUUAAAAAUUAAAUAAAAAUUACUACUAUAAAUACACUUUUCUUUUUAAUAAUUUUCGUAUGAUAUAAACUUGAAUUAGUCUAAUCAACGAGUUUCAGAUACUUGUAUGAUUAAUUAGAAGGUUGAAAAAGGUCUCACAAUCCCUUUUGAUGGCUAAAUCGUAAUAUAACAUCUUUGUGUUGUACAUAGACUGUUAAUAUUUUCAGUGGAGCCUAUUGCUAAUAA